UUUCUAGGACUUCUCCAAGUUUUUGGAUGCCAACUUUGAUGUAAAGGACUGGGUGAAUGCUGCAUUUAGGACACAGAAGGAUUCUCCUGAACAAAAAGAUGCCCAUGCAGCAACACUGGUUAUGAAGUUGCAGCUCUUUAUCCAGGAAGUAAAUAACUCUUUGGAAGAGACGAGUCAGCAAGCAUUACAGAACCUCCCUCGUGUUCUCCGAGAUGUUGAGGCUGUGAGACAAGAAGCUGGCUUUCUCAAGGAUCAGAUGCAACUAGUCAAGGAAGACAUCAAAAAGGUUGAGGAGGAUACAUCAGAGUCUAUGAAGAUGCUGUUGGAGAUUGAUACCAUUAAAUCUCGGAUGAAGGCAGCAUCUGAUGCUCUCCAGGAAGCUGAUAACUGGACUACCUUGAUGGCUGAUGUAGAUGAGGUAUUUGCUAGUCAGGAUGUUCAGCUGAUAGCAAACAAAUUACUGGCAAUGCAGCAUAGUCUGAGUAUGUUGGCUCAUUGUGGUGAUUAUGACGAGAGAUGUCAGAGUCUGGAAGUUUUAAAGAAUCGUUUAGAAGCUCUUCUCAGUCCUCAACUUGUCAGUGCCUUCAAUUCACAUUCACUCGAGGCUACACAGAAAUAUGUGAAAAUAUUCAAGGACAUGGAGAGACUGCCAGAGCUCAAGAAUUAUUAUUACAAAUGCCAUAAGAGUUCCUUAUUACUACAGUGGCAGCAGCUACAAGAAACAAACAGAGAAAAGGUUCUUGCAGAAUGGUUGUCAACAUUCUAUGAAACAUUGCUUACAACGUGGCAUAGAGAGGUACAAUGGUGUGAUCAGGUUUUCCCUGAUGCAGUUCUGAUGGUCUGUGAGCUCUUGACCCAGACAUUGUUGAGUCUUCAACCUUCUCUACCAGCUUGUAUGGACUCUGCCUUGCAAGACAAUGCUCUCCUCAACCUCAUUGAACUCAGACAGGUAACCUUAGUUAGACCCAGUGUUUUAAUUGCCUGA